AUGGCGGACGAAGUGAGCAUCGACAAGGCCGUGUUCCACAACCGUCUGUCGAACCUCAUCACCGCGUGGAAGGGCGACAAGCGCAGCGGCAAUCAUGUCUUUGGAGAUGCGGGCAGCAUCGUGGUGGUCAUGGGCAAGAGCGACGAGGCUCAAGGAUUUCACAAGGCAAAUGGUCUGCAAUUCUGGCUGCUAGGCUAUGAGUUUCCCGCCACUCUAUUCCUCAUCACACUCGAGGCCAUGUACAUCGUCACGACGAAGAAAAAGGCUGCAUACUUGGAGGUGCUGAAGGAUGGCAAGACACCGGUGGAGAUUCUGGUCCGUGGCAAGGAUGCCGAGGAGAACACCAAGCAGUUCGAGCGCAUGCUUGAGACUAUCAAGACCGCCGGCAAGAAGGUCGGCGUACUCACAAAGGAGACUUCCACUGGACCAUUUGUCGCGGAAUGGAAGAGUGCAUUUGGCGAUAUCAGCAAGGAUGUGGAGGAGGUCGACGUGAGCGCUGCUCUGUCCGCUGCCAUGGCCGUCAAGGACGAGAACGAGCUCCGUGCGAUUCGCAACGCCGCAAGUGCUUCUGCCUACGUCAUGAAGGACUACUUCGUCGAGACCAUGUCCGACAUCCUCGACAAGGAGAAGAAGAUUACGCACAAGGCAUUCGCGGAAAAGGUCAGUAACAAGCUGGACGAUGAGAAGUUCUUCCGCGGCAUCAAGGGUGUCGGCAAGUUCGACUCUCUGCAACUGGACUGGAGCGUGCCACCAUCCGUGCAGAGUGGCGGAAACUUCGACCUCAAACUCGCAACUGAGCCAGACGACAACAACCUGCACCAGCCUGGUGUGAUCAUCUCUGCCCUUGGCCUGCGAUAUCAGACCUACGCUUCCACCAUCGCCCGCACAUAUCUCGUCGAGCCGAACAAGACUCAGGAGAGCAUGUACAAGCUUCUGUUGUCCGUCCACGAGGCAGUCAUCAAGGAGUUGCGCGAUGGAGUUCAGGCCAAGGAUGUGUACAACAAGGCCGUGGCUGUGAUCAAAGCCAAGAAGCCGGAACUGGUCGAGAACUUUGUGAAGUCGGUCGGAGCGGGUAUUGGUAUUGAAGCCAAGGACAGCACUCUGGUACUGAACGCAAAGAACACCCGUCAGCUCAAGGAUGGCAUGACCUUUGCGAUCACCACUGGUUUCGCCAACCUCGAAAACCCCAGUCCGCGAGACAAGAAGCGAGAUGCCACAUACUCACUCCUGCUGAGCGACACUGUCCGUGUGACCGGUACUGGAGACGCCUACUGCUUCACCAAGGAUGCGCCGCGGGAUAUGGAGAGUGCAUCAUUCUUCUUCAACGAUGAAGACGAGCAGGAGGCGAAGCCCAAGGCCAAGCCAAAGAAGGACCCGCGCGUGGGCGCCGUGGCUUCGUCAAACAUCACCAAGACCCGCCUGCGCGGACAAGGCGGUGCUACCCAGAACGAAGAGAAAGAGGCUGCACGACGAGAGCAUCAAAAGGAGCUGCACGACAAGAAACACAAGGAGGGUCUGGCACAGUACACCGAAGGACACGGCAAUCUGAACGGAACCGAGGAAAAGAAAUUCAAGCGAUUCGAGUCGUACAAACGAGACACCCAAUUUCCUGCUCGAGUCAAGCAGUUGGAAGUCCUUGUGGAUCAAAAGAACUACUCUCUUGUCCUCCCAAUCAUGGGUCGUCCAGUGCCAUUCCACAUCAAUACAGUCAAGAAUGCAACAACUAGCACAGAGGGCGGCUUCUGCUAUCUGCGCAUCAACUUCCUCUCUCCUGGCCAAGGUGUCGGCAGAAAAGACGAUCAGCCUUUUGAAGACCCCAAUGCGCAAUUCAUCCGGUCACUCACUUUCCGCAGCAAGGACAACUCGCGCAUGGAGGACAUCAAGGAUCAGAUUACCGAGAUCAAGAAGUCAGCAGUGCGCAAGGAGCAAGAGAAGAAGGACAUGGAGGAUGUUGUCGAGCAGGACAAAUUGAUCGAAAUCCGCAACCGCCGCCCAUUCCGAUUGGAGAACAUCUACCUCCGACCAGCCAUCGAGAGCAAGCGUGUGGGUGGUGCGGUUGAGAUUCACCAAAAUGGUCUGCGAUACAACCAUUUGGGCAACCAAAAGAUCGACAUUCUCUUCGGCAACAUCAAGCACCUCUUCUUCCAGCCGUGUGUGGGCGAAUUGAUCGUCAUCAUCCACGUGCAUCUCAUCAAUCCGAUCAUUCUUGGCAAGAAGAAGACCAAGGACCUUCAAUUCUACCGCGAGGCUACCGAGAUGCAAUUCGACGAGACUGGCAACCGGAAACGCAAGCAUCGUUACGGAGAUGAGGAGGAAUUCGAGGCUGAGCAGGAGGAGAAGCGCCGUCGUGCUUUGCUCGACAAGGAGUUCCGCAACUUUGCCGAGAAAAUUGCCGAUGCCGGCAAGAGUGAGGGCAUCUCCGUCGACAUGCCAUUCCGCGAGUUGGGUUUCAACGGUGUGCCGAGUCGCAGCUCCGUCACCAUCCAGCCAACAACCGACUGCCUUGUCCAGCUCACUGAGCCUCCAUUCUUGGUACUCACCCUCACCGAUAUUGAGGUCGUUCAUCUCGAACGUGUACAGUUCGGACUGAAGCAAUUCGACAUGGUCAUCGUCUUCAAGGACUUUACCCGUCCGCCAUCACACAUCAACACCAUUCCCGUGGAAGCUCUCGAUGGUGUGCGUGACUGGCUUGACAGCGUUGAUAUUCCCUUCUCCGAAGGUCCACUCAACCUCAACUGGGCGACCAUCAUGAAGACUGUGAUUCAAGACCCUCAUGAGUUUUUCAAGGAGGGUGGAUGGUCAUUCUUGUCCAACGAGUCUGACUCGGAAGGGGAAGACGAGGAGUCGGAGGAGAGCGCGUUCGAAGUCAGCGAAGAGGAUCUCGCGAGCGACGUCUCUAGUGAAGACGAAUCAGAGUUCGACGACGAUGCCAGCGCAGAGGCGAGUGAAGCCGACGAUGGUAGUGAUGAUGAGGAAGGCGAAGAUUGGGACGAAAUGGAGAAGAAAGCGAAGCGGAAGGACCGCGAGGGAGGACUGGACGAUGAGGACUCUGACCGAGGCAAGUCCAAGUCGAAGGGCAAAAAGCGUUGAGCGGAAAGGGGAUGAGACGAUGAUACCUUUUGCACUUUUGUUUGAUUUAUGAGAUUGGGAAAGCGGAAAUGCACACGCCUUCCUGGGCAUGGCACACUGCAGUAAUUGCAAUUCGAUGCGACAAUAUCUGCUUAUGCGAUUAGCAGAACACAGAUGGCUGCUGGGCCAGGCGUUGAGGGCUGCGCGGCGGAGGAGUCGAUAGCGACACAGACAACCAGAACAGAAAUCCCUCC